AUGGAUCAAAAAUAUAUAGAUAACUAUAUAAAGUUCAUUUGGAUUAUAAUAUCAUCAUCAUCUACUAAUAAUCAUUAUAAUCACCUAGUGUUAAUUAAAUCUUUCAAUCAAUUUAAUUCAAAAUAUGGUGAAUUUUUAAAAAAUUUAAUUAUAAAUUCACAAAUUUCUAAAAUUAAUUUAAUUAUAUCAACUUAUUAUCUUUAUAAAUAUUAUCAUUCAAAUAAUGUAUUAAAACAUGAAAUAUUUGAAGAAUCUAAUAAUUCAUUAUCAUCAUCAUCAACAUCAUUAGUUGGAGAGAUCAGCAGCAUUCAUAUAUAUAAUAUAAUAAUAUCAUUAAUAUUAUCAAAUAAAUCAUUUGACGAUCAAUCAUAUACUUUAAAAACUUGGUUAAUAAUUAUAAAAAAUACUUUAAAACAACAAAACCACCAAGUUAUAGCAAUUGAUUUGAAAUUAUUAAAUUUAAUUGAAAAUUAUUUUUUAAAUUGUUUAAAUUAUAAUUUAAAUUAUAUUAAAAUGUCCACAGAUUUUAAAUUUUGGAAUUUAAUUGAAUUUAAUAAGAUUUUUAAAAUUGAUCUAUUGGUGUUGAUAAAAUUCAAAAAUUUAGUCUUAAUGAAGGAUGAAAAUGAAUUGAUCAGUCCAAGUUGUCAUGAUAGUAAUUGCUAUGUUUCAUCACCAAUUUCAAAACAUAAAUCUAAUUCACCAUCAUUUUCAACUUUUUCAUCACCAUUAAAUUAUCCAUUAACUCCAAAAACUCCAUUAGAAUUUAUUUCAAUAAAUUCAUACAACUCAAACUUAUUAUCAAAUCCAUCAUCUUGUAAAAAACGAAAAAUUGUACCAAUGUUACCAUCUCAAGAAUAUUCUAAAUUUAAUUCUCAAUCCAACUAUCAUCAACAACAACAAAAUAUUUAUCAAAAUAUAACUCCAAUUACAUUACCUUUAACAUCUACAGAUUCAUUUAAUCAAUAUCAACAAGUUCAACAAAUCCCCCAAAUUUCUCAAGCUCAUCAUUAUCAACCAAAAUAUACUCAACAAAAUUAUAUACAAACUCAAACUCAAUUAUCAAUGCAAUUACCCCCACCACCAUCACAACAACAAUAUUAUUAUCAACCUAACAAUCAAACUUAUAAUCAACAAACACAGCAAUUUCAACAAUUUCAACCAAUAUAUAAUCAAACUUUAAUAAAUCCUUUCAAUAAUCAACAAUAUUAUAAUUCUUAUUGGUAA